GUUGCUACUCCCCCCUCUCCUCCUGUCAGUGCUUUAUGCAAUCCCUCGCUGUCUCUCCCCCUCUCGCUCCUCCUUCCUCCUCUCCUUCUAUUUCCUGCCAUUCUUUAUUUUUUUCCUUCUUUUCUGGAGCUCAUCCAGAGACAAGAAAAACACGAGCGCUGAGUCCGACCAGCUGAGUACAACUCUUCCAAGUGCCCGCUCACUCUUCUACUUCUGCAGCAGUCCAGCCUCAUUCUCCUCAGGGUGUCUGUCACUUCUUCGAGAGGCCAUCCUUCGCACUCACCGGGAUCUUCUCCAUCGCAGCAAUCGCCUAAGUGGCCUUGCGAGGAGAGGGGUGUCUGAAUGUCCCCUUAACCCUUCAUUGUCCAUGGUGGUCCUAGUGGGGCAAUACAAUAUGGCUGCUCUCUGGUCAACGUCAACUCGUGAACUUGUCCAAUCACAACUAGAGGGAAAUUUUUGAAAGUUUCUUCUGCUGAUUUUUUUUUUCUCCGACGAAGUCAAUUUUUGCAUUUUUCCCCCCCCAGACAUGGCCCUCUGAUCUUCAUUACUUCCCCAUUUGGAGACAUGUAGAGUGGGGUGUCGUCGUCGUCGUUUCUUAGGGUGGAUUUUGGCGGCACAUUUUGCAGUGGGAGGGGGUGCAGGUGGUGGGGCCAUAGAAUGAGUUAGAAAUAAGGAGAACCUCAAUGUCUCGCUGGAGUAAGAAACGAACGGGCAGAGGUGCUCUGCUUCCGCUGCUACUUCUGGCGCUGGCACUAGGGGGCACCUCUCUUGUCUUGGCAUCCCUGAAUCUGCUACUGACCACCACCGCCUGGGGACAGAACCUGUGCCACGGACGGGCGCAGCAACAGCGGGUGCAUCCACUGCGAGAGCCCAGCGCUGAUACCCGGAUCUACUACCAGAAUGUCUGGGAAAAACAUCAACUUCUGUAUCAGAAGCUGACAGAGGAUAGGAGACGUCACAGGCGUUCAGCAAAUGGUAAUAGAAGAAACAAACAAAAUAAUCGGAAAUCUUCAGUAGUCACAGCAGCUCAUUAUGAAGAUCCUCAGCUCAGUCUUCAUAUUCCUGAGAUCUUCAGCUCAGUCUUCAUAUUCCUGAGAUCUUCAGCUCAGUCUUCAUAUUCCUCAGAUCUUCAGCUCAGUCUUCAUAUUCCUCAGAUCUUCAGCUCAGUCUUCAUAUUCCUCAGAUCUUCAGCUCAGUCUUCAUAUUCCUCAGAUCUUCAGCUCAGUCUUCAUAUUCCUCAGAUCUUCAGCUCAGUUAAAUUGCCAAAAGGAGGACAACAGAUGAAUGCAGAUGAUAAUGGUACGAUCCUUCACUGGAGUGAAGUUCCACGAAACUCUACCAGCCCAGUCAGAUAUGAUGAUGGAAAGGGGGAGUUUAUGGUCAACGUCAAGGGAUUGUUCUAUUUGUAUUGCCAGGUGCACUUUAAUGAGGACCGAAGCAGCUACAUCAAGUUGGAUUUACUUCUAGAUGGUAAUCUGAUAUUUCGUUGCCUGCAAGAAUUUUCUGCUACUGCUGCAAGUAUCCGUGACCCCAAACUGAAGACCUGCAGUGUUUCAGGGCUUGUGGUCCUUCGUCCUGGCCACACCCUCCGCAUCAAAACUCUACCCAAAGUCAGCUUGAAGGUAGAGCAUUUCCUCACCUACUUUGGUCUUUUCCAGGUCCAUUGAGAGUUUUUAUUCUUAGGGGUUAGAAAACCCCACAAGGACUUUCCACAACCUUGUCCAUUAUCACCAUAAUGCCUGGUUCCAAAGGUCAACUGAAACACCAAAACAACUCUGGAAUGAAUGAACACAUAUUUCUAAAUAAUCAAAGCCACGACACAAGAUCCAAUUCAUCUUGAGAACAAAGACUACUAUGUUAGCAGCCACUGAAAAUAGUGAAUCAACAAUUAAGCAGAACUUUCCAGUUACGGUUAGCAAGCAGAACUUACAAGACUAACUACAUAGUAGAUCAGACAGGAGACAGAAGCUUUGUAUAGGAAAAAGGUUACUGAUCCAUAAAAUAUUAGUAUGACAUGACUUAGUCUAGUCCCAUGUUCUUGAUCACAUAGUGUACAAAAAUCUCUAUAAUUUCUGUUAGUUCACCAAAUGGAGCCCAGUUGACCCAUGGUGACCAUACAACCUGUGUUCGUAUCCAGUCCAUAGGUUGGGUCUUUGUGCCUUUUGAUGACUAUGGUGUCUAUUACUUUCUUGACUGUCCUAAAUCCAAGCUUUUAACUUUUAGAAGCCAUAACAGUCUUCAUCAAUGAGAUUUGUCUUCUCAUAGUAUGUCAAAUACAAUAAAGCUUUGUGUAUCAAGUGGAAAGUUCUACUCAUGUCAAAAGGCAAUUGAUCCAAAAAGUAUUACUAUGACAUGCCUUAGUCUAGUCCCAUGUUCUCAAUCACAGAGAGUAAAAAAAAACUCUAUAUAUUGUGUUAGUUCAUGGAAUCCAGUUGACCCAUAGUCAACAUACGACCAGUAUUCUUAUUUUGUCUGCAGGUUGGUUUUUCAUGCCUUUCAAAGACUAUGGUGUCCAUGACUUUCUUCACGGUCUUAAUCCAAACCUUGAACUUUUACAAGCCAUAAUAGUCUUCACUAAUGAGUUGGGUCUGCUCAUUGUAUGUUUAAUACAAAGCUUUGGGUGUCAAGUGGAAGGUUUUGCUCCACUGUAUCAAAGAUCCAAUGUUUAGUUGUCUUUCCAUUUGUGAUGUUCUCCAAAGCCAUUGAGCUCUAGACCAAUCCAAAAGACUACAUGGAAAACUAUACAGACAACAGAAAUCUUACUCAUGCAAAGUAGUAUUUACUACAGGAUAACAGGGUUCAGCAUACGUAUUGGUAAUGAACACUGGGGAUCAAAAAGUGCCUACUUGUCUGAUGUAUGCAGAAACUAGUGAACUUUUUGUAUAAUUUUUGUUUAUUUUUCUGAAUUUAACUUCAACCCACUAACCUUAUGGACUGCAAGAACGGUUCCAGAGUAUUGAUGAUCUGUACAGGUCAUAACUAGAUAUUUGAUGAAUUUAUAUAACACUGAUCACUUUCAAAUAAAUUUUAUACAUGGGA